UUAUAUACUAGAUUUUCUUUUGUCAGUUCAUUGUCUUUGAGUGCUUUGUCUACGGGUAACAUCUUUAUUAGUUAUCGUAAAAUAACAGAUUGUAGAAAUGAAGUUUACAGGAAUAUUCUUCAUAAUUAUGGCGAUCAUUGCCCUCUUUAUAGGGUCAAAUGAAGCGGCGCCUAAAGUCAAUGUUAAUGCCAUUAAGGAGGGAGGAAAGGCCAUAGGAAAAGGAUUUAAAGUAAUCAGUGCGGCGAGUACAGCGCAUGACGUCUAUGAACACAUUAAAAACAGAAGGCACUAAUAAAACCAAAAAUAAUUAUUUAUUUUAUAAGGUAAUUUUAAGACAUAUAAUGUAUGUUGCAAAUUAUUAAGUGAAA